AUGCCUCCUUUCAAAAUUCCAUGGUCUUGCUUGGAUUCUCCAACUUUUGUUGAACCAAAGCUCACUAGGGCUCAAGUUAAACCUCCAGAAACAUCAAAGACCACAAAAACCUUCAUUGAAGUGCUCUCAAACUUCUAUGACAUUCCCUUAUCUCAGUUACCUCAACCAUGCCUCAAGGGUGACAGGUUAGCCAUUGAUAUACCAAAAGACGAAUACAUUGUAGGUGUUGAAGCCUGGAAACAUAACCACCAUGGGCACAUCAUCUGGCCUAUAGGUAUGUCUCUAUUAAUUAUUGCCUCUAUAAAGACCAAAUUAGGCCUCUAUUGGAAAGAUUUAUCCAAGUGGGGGAUCAUUUCGUUGAGGAAGGGAUUCUAUGAGUUCUCCUUCUCGUCUCUUGAAGAUGUGAGGAGGGUUAGAUCCUCCCCAUCUUGGAAUCUUGACCCGAGCUACCUCAAGCUUUUUUCUUGGACUGGGGACUUUAACCCUAACUUGUAG